UGAACUUACAGGCUUAGCUCAUUGAGCUACGAGACACGGGCUCAUCAUGGGCUAACAUACCAGCCCGCACCUUACCCUUUCUUUAUUCUCUUCACUCAAAAGCGGCUAGGCGACGGGGCUUGCCCUUUCCCCGCCCCAAGGGUACACGGUCGCCGCCACCUGCCCUAGGCCGCAGGAGGGAGCGUUCGCCGCCCCGCCCUCCGUCUCCCGUCGCCUCGCCCCGCGCUCCGUCUGCCGCCCCUCUCCGUUUAUUGACUGCCAAGUCAGCUGCGGGUUUAUCUACUUUUUAUCUAGGAGAAAUGUCUGAGCAUCUCUUUGAGGACACCUUCGUCGUCACUAGACUCGACCCUGAUGGCAAAAAGUUUGAUAGAGUUUCUCGUGUUGAAGCUCGCAGUGAGCAGUUAGAUAUGUAUAUGCAGCUAGAUGUUGCCACAGAUGUUUAUCCUAUGCAUGCUGGCGAGAAAUUUAACAUGGUUAUAGCGCCUACUCUGAAUUUGGAUGGCACCCCAGAUACUGGCUACUAUACUCAGGCUGGCAGAAAAACUCUGGCAGACAAUUAUGAGUACGUCAUGCAAGGGAAGCUUUACAAAAUCUCAGAAGACACAUCAUCCAGCCAAAACGCUAAAGUGGAGAUGUAUGCAUCGUUCGGCGGGCUUCUUAUGCUGCUCAGGGGUGACCCUUCCACUGCCGCUAGCUUUGAGCUUGAUCAGAGGCUCUUUCUGCUCAUCCGCAAGGUGUAAAACUGUGGUUGCUGACCACUUAGGUGUUUGCCUUGCUCGCCACUUAUUUAAUUUCCAUCCGUGGGUGAAGCUGUUAUAUACUGUUGUAAGUACUGUUUUCUGUAUCGCCAUGGAUUUAUGGUAACGAGUUCAUGUUUCUUGCUAAAAAGAUUGCUCCAGCAGAUUCCCCUA